AUUUGUUUAAAAAUAGCCACCACCACCACCACCGAUAUGUCAUACGUUCGUCUCUCCUACAUAGCUCAAGACCAAUCCUCCAUCAUGCAUCCUUUCUUUACGAGACCAGCAGAUGCUGCCCAGGCAAGGCCAAAAAUGUCGGCAGCCAGGCGUCGCAAAAUCAUCUUCUCUUAUGCCCCGGACUGGAUCUUGACGAUCGCCCUGGCGGCGUUAUUCUUUUCUUUGGACAGGGUGGAUGGUUACAGAAGGCAGUUCUCAUUGGCAGACACGUCUCUUCGUCAUACCUAUGCUCUUCAUGAAAGGGUUCCUCCCGUAGCCCUAUAUUUCAUCUGCUUUGUUGCCCCGCUACUUAUUCAACCCGUUGUCAAUCUAUUCACAGUACGUUCGUGGUGGGAUUUACAUAACGGCACACUUGGGUUAAUCCUUGGCCUUGCCUUGACAGGCUCUAUCACACAGUUUUCAAAGAUAACUGUCGGACGUCCUCGCCCUGAUAUCGUUGACCGUUGUCAACCGCUAGCUGGCGCAGUCGACCCCACAUUCGGAUUAUCAAAUUACACAAUAUGUCAACAGCAAGACAACAGCAUUCUCAAAGACGGAUUUCGUAGUUUCCCUUCCGGGCAUUCCAGUUUGUCCUUUGCUGGACUUGGGUUUCUAGCGUUUUACCUUGCCGGAAAACUACAUCUGUUCGAUAAGCGCGGCCACACCGGUAAAGCCUGGCUAUCACUCUCGCCUUUCGCGGCUGCCACGCUGGUGGCGAUCUCACGAACCAUGGACUAUCGUCAUCAUUGGCAUGAUGUUCUCAUCGGUUCUGUUCUUGGCACAGUUCUAGCGUAUUUCUCCUACCGCCAGUACUACCCUAGUUUGGCUUCUGAGCUGUCGCACCGCCCAUACUCUCCUCGUAUCCCCCGCGAGCCAGAGGAGGGACUUCCUCUGCAUCAUCGGUAUGACAGCUCGGUGGAUCAGAGUGGCAUACAGACGAGUCGCCCUACACUGACGCAACGAUACACCGACGAUGUCGCACCUGAAGGUGUGUACGAGCUGGAUGGAACGGUGCAAAGACAAACUCCCCCACUUGAGGAGGUCUGGAGGGACAGAGCGUCGACCGUCGUACAAGAGGCUCCUGCAGCACAUCAUAAACCAACAGCGGAUCCCAUCCGAUGAGCAGCUGGCUGGGCAAUAUUAUAUGUGUUACGAAGAAAUGGUAUGCAGAAUAUAUACAGUGUGAGUGAUUUCCAUAUGAUAAAUCCAAGUGCCUGUGAUAUAUACAUAUUAUUACCAUAUAAUGUUGUUGCCGGUUGGUAUUGUCAUGAAUGAUGAAUAGGUAUAUCAGUCAUACUCCUGAUCGUAUCGACUUUCAUGAAGGGAGGGGCCAUCAGGGGAUGGCGGUCGCCAGCUUUGCGAUAAGACAAUUUCACUAUUGUCUUGUGGUUGCUGGCCAGUAUCUGGUGAGGGUUUGCGCCUGCGGCCCAAAGUA